AAUGUGCUAAAAAUGCCAACACUGAUGGUUGGCGCAAUUGUAACUGUGCUUUUCCAAUAGGAUUUAUGUUCGGCAUAAAAUUAUAAAAAUGAGUUUGCAAGAUGAAAGCUUUCCCGCCGACGAGCUCUUUCAUAAUUUAAGCAUUGCAACUGCUAAAGAGAGAAGUAUUGUACGACAAUCAAAUCUGUGUUUGGAUGAUGCUGAAGAUGCAGAUAAACAUGAACCCGACCAUUCCCAGAGCCAAGUGCCGCCAUUUUUAAACAGCGACUGCUCGGAGAAAACCUGUGCAAGCGAUCCCGUUGGUAUUGAACAUGAAAAUGACCAUGAGCAGACUAAAAGCGACUCGGGCAAUAAUGAUGGCAUGGACGGCCACACAAAUCCGCAGCUGGGUAGUGGAAGAAGUAGCAAAGCUGUCUCAUAUCAGGACAUACAUACGGCAUACACGAAGCGCCGCUAUAAACAUGUGACCAGCAAGGUUCGUAAAUACAUAACUGAUAUACAUGACCAGGAGAACAAGCGUCGCAGUGCCAUGGGAAAUUUUCAACGACAUCGGUCUAUGCCAGAGUCGCUGACGCCCCAUGGCAACGCCGAGGAUCAACAAAAACUAGAUGAGUCGCUCUCUUUGGCCAAUAGCAGCGAGACAGAUACGCAUGUGAGAGACGAAAGCUAUGAACGUCUGGUCAACGAAAAGGAGCAGUUGAAGUACUACAAUGAUUUCUUAGAAUCCGAUCUUCAAAAGAAGAUGGACGAUAUGAUAGUUUUACGAAAAAGCUUCAAUGCUGUCCGCACAGAAUUAAUGGAGUGCAAGGACAAGCUCAAGCGUCAGUCAGCCACAACAUUAAGUUCAGCCUCAAUGACAUUUGGUGGCAGACAGUCGUCGCUACGCUCGCUUUUGUAUUAUCCGCCAGCGAUGAAACCGUUGACCGGAGAUACCAUUGCCAAGGCCACACAGACAGACUUGACGCCCUGUACCGCAUGCGCAAACCUGUCAGAUUUAUCAGUGAUGCCAGCUAUUGCUGCUAAUGCCACGCCACACCCGAAUGUCAAUAUGAACGACAUUACAUACGACAGUAGUGCGGGCUCCAUUGAGAUGCCGCUGCUCAGCAUGCCGCCUGCUGUGCGCCAGCUCAAGUCCGGCAAUCCCAUCCAGCGCAUAAACAUGAAGCCACUCUCACUGAACUUUAGUAGGGAGAGCACUGAUGUAGAUGCCAAUGGCAAUAGCAUAAUUGCUGAAAAUAGCACCGUGAAUAGUUUGCAACCGAGCAGCUCUAAUCGUAUCGCCACGAACAAUUCAGGCAGCAGUCAUCCCAGCAGUAAUGACUCGGCUAUUGAAAUUGAGUCGCGAUCGCCUCAGCCGGCGUACCACAGCCAACCAGCUUUGGGCAUUGGACAGAUGAUCGAUUCGUGCAACCAGGAAUGCAUGUAUUUUGACAGGCGCAAUAAUUGCGUUAUCAAGGUGAUGCCACUUAGUCACACCAAUGCAACAACUGGCGUUAACACCAGCAGUUGCAGUCGAUCCUUUAGCGUUAUGCCAUUGCUGGACAAUACGCAAAGAAUGCAAAGACGAAAAAAAUCGUUGGUGGCACGCAUGCGUCGCAUUCUCGGAUCUUGUGUCCGUUGCGAGGAUUCAAAUCAGACCAUGGACAAUAGCAAUGGAACAUAUACGGUGGGAAUCUCUUUGUUGAGCAACGAAUCGGAUCUAUCCCAAAAUCUGCGAAUAUUUACAAAAUGUGCUAAAGAUGUGCAAUAUUUCGAUAUAACAUUAUAAAGUUAUUUAACAUUUGCACUGUUAAGCUACCGGACCCUUCCAUCUCGCUCAUGCCAGAGGAAAUCUGUUAUUACUACACUACUCGCACGCGAUCGUUGUGGAUAAUAGCUGCGAAUUCCAGUGCACACUCUAUGUG